AUGGCAGAAAAAAUCUUGGAGAAGUUAGAGGCCUUCGACAAGCAAGCAAAGAUAAUCACAGCCAACAGAGCCAAGAAAAACAGGCUUCAGAGUAAAGGAAGAAAAAAGACUUUGGUGACACCCCUGACAUUUGAUUUUCAACUGGAAUUUGAAGAGGCUGUUACCCCCACAUCUAAGGCAGCAUCAAAGAUCACAGAAGACAAACCGUGUGGCACCACAAAAUCAAAAAAGCAUCUCUCUUUCAAAUGCGAGCCUGAACCUAGAAUGAGUGAUUUUAAAAAGUCAAAUUUAAAACCCCACUUUGUUCAAAUAAAUAUAAAGAAACAAAAAAGUAAGUCAACAGCUGAAAUUGAAAAAAAACUCGGGGAAUCAUUGGAUUCUACUGACCACUUAGAAGAUUAUGUAAAUAAAAGAAAAAAAUCUUCACAGAUGAAUGAUUGUAAUAUAAAAGAAGAUGAAUCGGUCAAAAAUGAUCAAUUAAGUGAGUAUAGUUUGGUGAGAAAGAAAAGCCUGCUCCCUUUGUGCUUUGAGGAUGAAUUGAAAAAUCCAGAUACCAAGAUAAUCAACGCUAGUCCGACAAAGACAGUGACUUCUCACUUGGAACAAAAAGGCACAAACCCCGUAAUUUUCCAUGACACAGAAUAUGUACAGAUGUUACUUUUGAGAAAAUACAAGCUUGCUCCCUAUUCUUUGGAAAAUGAAAACAAUUACCCAUGUAAAAGAACAAAUGUUGUUUUAGAAAGAAAUCGCGAAAUCUUCAAAUCUUUAAUUGGUGAUAAAUCUAUCACUUUUUCCAAACUGAAAAAUACUAUGCCUACAGCAAGGAGAAAAGAUAUACAAACCAUAUCUUUUGAAGCGGGCCACAGAAUUGUAGGUGAUAAUCUAAAGAAAAAAAUGAACAAGCAGACAUUAGAAAACAAAUCUUGGAAUACACGCUAUAAUUUUUCCAGCCUAACAAGAAAAUUUAUAGAUUACCCUGGUAAAACUGUUAUUCAAGAAACGAGUGAUAAAACUGAAAAAUUUGAAAGAAAGUUUUCUACAGUGAAACCAGUGAGCACACACAAACAUAGUGCCUCCCCUGUCAAAUAUUACUCAAAGUCUUUUAAAAAUAUACAUAAAUUAAAUAAUGUAACACCACUAGAUAAUUUGUUAAGCACAUCAAGUGAAAAUUAA